AUGUUUAUACCAGGAAUCGAUCUUUCAAUCGACUUUAUUACCUAAUACUUUUCAUAGAAGUUUUGUAUACUUGAUAUCGAUCGUAUAUGUUUUAUUAAUAACUUUAAAUUACCGAAGGUUAAGCAUGUCUGACAAGAAGAGUGAUUCAGGAGAUAAAUCAUCAAAAGGGAAACCACAAAGUUUGCCACCUGGCAUUAAUUUCUUAAACGCGGGUCUUUCGGGAAUGUUCGCCACAUGUUUUGUCCAUCCAAUGGAUGUAAUCAAAAAUCGUAUGCAAAUGAGCAAAGAUCCGGUUGGAGUAUUCACGAUGGUCAGUCGAAUUUUUAAAAACGAAGGAAUCACAAAAUUCUACGCAGGAUUAUCAGCAGGUUUACUUCGUCAAGCUACCUAUACUACAACCCGUCUUGGGAUAUACAAUCAACUUUUAGAUAUUUGGAGAAGUAAAAAUACAGAAAAUCCAAAUUUUGGAGUUUUGGCUGCUAUGGGAAUAGUUGCUGGAGCCUGUGGUGCUUUCGUUGGCACUCCUGCUGAAGUAGCACUUGUUAGAAUGACGUCAGAUGGACGAUUACCAGCAGAUCAAAGAAGAAAUUACAAAAAUGUACUGGACGCUUUUAUUCGAAUUUGUAAAGAAGAGGGCGUUACAAAUCUAUGGCGUGGUAGUGUCGCAACUAUGGGAAGAGCCGCCAUAGUUAAUAUGUCACAAUUAGCAACUUACAGUCAAGCUAAAAAUAUUCUCGCAUCAAAAUACAAUGUCAAAGAUGGAAUACCUUUACACUUUUCUGCCUCCAUGAUAUCAGGAUUCGUCACUGCUUUUAAUUCAAUGCCCUUUGACAUUGCCAAAACAAGAAUACAAAAUAUGAAGAGCUCUGGAAAAACUCCUAGUAUGAUGUCAAUAAUCUACUCUAUUGUCAAAACCGAAGGUGUUAUCUCCCUUUGGAGGGGUUUUUGGCCAACGUAUUGCAGAAUAGGACCUCACACUGUACUUACCUUCAUUUUCAAUGAACAAUUCGCCAAAUUUUACAGACAAACUUUUAUGUAAGCUACACUGUAACUCAUUGUUAUAUUUAAAACAAUUAUACGAAUUUUAUAUUGUAAAACGACAAACAAUUACGAAUGCCACG